UCUUUAUGUUGUCAGAUGUUUCUAUGCUACCGGAUAACAUCACUUGUCGGUAUUCCUCAAACCGCACUGCAUCUGUCUCGACAGCAGUUUUAUGGUUGCCUAAAACUGAUUGCGGCCUAUCAAGCGUCAGUGCCACUGCGCGAAGAGAUUCUCACUUCCACGUUAACUCUCCCAUUGCCACAAUUCAGUUGGAUUGAAUCUCCUACAACACUUCCUGUAUCGGCAUCCGGUGCAGGCUCCACCGCUAGUUCGGUGGGCUCCACCGGGAUGGCACCACCGGAACGAAAUGGGUAUGGCAAUCGAUCUGCAGAUUAUAUUGAGAUGAAAGGCGGCAAAGAUCUAAUUGAACUGGUAACGACUAGUAGCAGUAGUAGUCGUGAAAGAGUUGAUAACAUGUCCAACAGUGGCGAUAUGACCAACUCUGAUCAGCCGAGCACUGAUUCCGAGGUGGAACACAACGACGAUUCAAUACUAAGACUAACUGAACGUCAUCACGUGGUCAAAGUAAAAGGUCAAGGAGUCGGAAAGCUAGUAGGAGGUGGAACCAGCAGUGGAGUCGGUGGUUCUCCAGAGGCGUGGAGUACGGCUAGUGACAGUCCGACGCCAACCAACAGUGUAGCCGAACGUCCAUGGGCAAACCAGGCUCUUUGGCAGGGUUUAGUGUGUGAAGAACAGCGUCAGUUGCUAGGCACAGAAGAAGAGUCUUCUGAUAAACACAGUAGUGAUGAUGACCAAGAUACUGAUUUGGAAUAUUUUUAUCAGAUUUCGCAAACUCAGAAAGAAUAUUACUUGAAACAGUUUAGAACUAACAAUAACAUGUCCAACAGUGGCGAUAUGACCAACUCUGAUCAGCCGAGCACUGAUUCCGAGGUGGAACACAACGACGAUUCAAUACUAAGACUAACUGAACGUCAUCACGUGGUCAAAGUAAAAGGUCAAGGAGUCGGAAAGCUAGUAGGAGGUGGAACCAGCAGUGGAGUCGGUGGUUCUCCAGAGGCGUGGAGUACGGCUAGUGACAGUCCGACGCCAACCAACAGUGUAGCCGAACGUCCAUGGGCAAACCAGGCUCUUUGGCAGGGUUUAGUGUGUGAAGAACAGCGUCAGUUGCUAGGCACAGAAGAAGAGUCUUCUGAUAAACACAGUAGUGAUGAUGACCAAGAUACUGAAUUGGAAUAUUUUUAUCAGAUUUCGCAAACUCAGAAAGAAUAUUACUUGAAACAGUUUAGAACUAUACAGCCUGACGUGCAUGGGUUAGUCAGUGGACAAGUGGCUAGAGUGUUUUUCGAAAAAUCUCGUAUACCAAUAAAAGAGUUGCGACACAUUUGGCAGAUGUGUGAUGUUACACGUGAUGGUGCUUUAAAUUUGGCGGAGUUCACGGCGGCAAUGCAUUUGGUAGUUUUGCGACGAAAUAACAUCCCUGUGCCAAGCACUCUUCCUGGCUGUUUGAUGCCGAGUUUGUUACAGAAUUCAUUGUUACCUGGUGCAAAUACUAGUAAUCAAACUCAACAAAGUGGUAAUUCGACCGGAGGUGCUAGUACUGGUGGAAUUGGGAUAGAAACUGGAAACAGUAUUACCGAUCGUGAACGAAUUGGUCCAGAGGAGGCUGAUUUACUGCAUCUCGAAAGCGAUGAUAAUACUGAUAGCGGUAAUAGGGUAAACAUCGACAAAAAAGACUACCAACGAAUCGUUUCACAUCCGGAACAACUAAAAUUCAGUCAUCAAUUAUCAACAACUGGAAAUUCAAUGGCAACUGCCACACUUGUAUCGGUUGGAAGCAUCGAACACAGUUCACCAACAGUCUCAUCUACAACCGGUAACUCGAAAUUGAUGAACAAUAUAUCCAGGUCUGGUAGAAAAACACAAACCAAUCUGGUAUCUCCACUGCAGCAUUCAAAAACAAAACCCUCGAAAAACGAACAAUCAAUGACACCGCCUAAUAAUUUAAAUAAUAAGGAGUGGAACAUUUCCAGUAAAGAAUGGACCAAAUUUACAGAAUCUCCUACAUCGAACGUUUCUAGUCCUGGACCCAAACCCGUCAACUUUGAUAUGCAACGCACGACUCAGGCAAUUGUAUCUGAUCCACAAAUUUUGCAUCCAGUACCACUACGUGUAACACCUGUUGGUGCUGAAGCUGCAGAUAAUAGCAAUCUAGUCUACAGUGAUGUGACCGUCGGAACUGGCGGUAUUUUGAUAGUACAGCAGGAUGAUUCGAGUCCAAAGCAGCUCACACAACUCCCUCAACAGCCAAUAUCAAACCAACGCGAUUCACUGACCAGCGGGGAUCUUCGUGCUAUUCAAAGACCUCAGCCAAAAAAGCCCCCAUCAAAGGGGGUAGGUGCCAUACCUCCGCCCCCACAACGAGAACCAAGUGUGACCUCUGCCAGCGGUUCAGUGAUCGUGGUAGAUUCUAUGGCUACCUCACUUGAUACAGCCACUUUCAACAGUGUUAUCAACAGUACUGCUGGACACCCAGUCAUGGGAACCGUAAUCAAUAGUGCCAGUAAGAAGGAUCAACCUCCUCCGCCGUUGCCCCCUCCACGACCUGCACAUCACCGUCACACACGAAGCAGCAGUUUAGAUCUGAACAAGCUUAAACUCAACACAACUAGUGGUGUUUCUGGGGCUUCUGGCUUGACCAAACAAUUGGAGGAUCAGUUAAAGAUGCCACCACCACCAGAAGUUCCACCACGCGUCACUCCAACAUCCGAACAACUUUCAGCUGUGCCUGGAUUUGCUGAUUUUGCACAUUUUUCAAAUACAACCACCACUGGUGGAACGCACAUGAAUCCUUCUAGGAGCGGUGCACAUCCUUCUAGGAGCGGUGUUUCAAACUCGCUCAUCGUUGGCACACCAUCGCUGCAAACGGCCUCACGCAACAGCGCUUUCGAGGUUUAUCGUAAGCCUCAGCAGCAACAUUCUCGUGGAUCCCAGUCUCCGCCACAUCCAGUGCCGCCAUUGCUUACAUCCCGUAGUGUUGAAUCAUCCUCACUUGAGUAUGAAAAACGGAUGUUAGCGCUCAGUGACAAUUUGCGGCAGGUUCGUUUAAAGGGUAACGAAUGCUCCAACGGCUCUGAUGUGCUGAAACAUUUGAAAGAACAGAACCUUCUUCUGCUGCGGAUAUGUAACGAUUUAAGCGAGGAACUGCUGCAAAUUCAGCAAAAAAGGGAAGACAUACGGAUAAAAAUUGAAUUGCAGGAACAAAAUUUAGGUGCUGGUACAAGUACAGUGACUGUUAGUGGUGCACACCCUACUAGUAGUAUUUGCUCCUCAAGCCACCAUGCGGUGUGAAAUCGCCAUACUAGGAUUUGUUGACCAUUGAUGAUAAGCUGAAUGUGAAUGAUGUCGAUAUAUAGACUAUCAGCAUGUUAAUUGUGAUUUUGUUCCCCCAGAAAAAAACUGCUACACAAGCGAAGCCUUUUCCUCAACUCAAACACUAUUCCGCUUAGUAGAGAAUCAGCAAAACAUUAAAGUUUUACAUUUUAAACAUUGUUAGCGACCGUAGUAAGUAGAGGGGAAUAUCUCAUGAGAUUUUAAACUGAAUUACACCCACUUUGGAUCGUUGCAGGGAAACGUAGUAUGUAUUUAACAAAAACUAUCAAUCAUUUAUCGUCAGGACUUCGAAAUCAGCGCGAAAUGUUUGUUCAAAAGAAGAAACUUAACAAUACUUUGUGAAAGUAAUUGGUUUUGAUAAGAUUAUGUUAUUAUGUUAAAUAGUGUAUUGAAUCGUAUGAGUAAAUUCAUUAUCGAAAAUAGAAGGAAGUCUUAUCCCGCUUGGCAGUAUGAUUUUUGUCCGAUACAGUAAUUAUGAUUCCAUUCAUUAUGGGAAUAUUGCAAACAGCAAAAGUUGUGUAUUGAUUCUGUGUAUUCUGUUUUUUUUUAAUUCCGUAUUAUUUCGGUACCGGUUUACAACAAAAACUAAAUAUUUAACAUCUAAAACAAAAUUUUGUAUAAAUUGCUUACUAUGUACUACCAGCACAGUUUUCUGAGGAUAAUUUCUUUUUUUUUCUCUGCAGUGCUUCCCGUGGAUGAUUAUUGUUAAUAUUAUUUGACAAUAAAAUAAAUAGAUCAGCGAAAUAUGAAGUUAAGUGGUCAUCCAAAACUAACGUAAACUUAUUAGUGUGAAAUGAUGGAAGGGUGGGGGGCGGAUUUGUGUGCGUUCUGAUGAAUCUGGCUUCAAACAAGAAAAAGGUUUAAAAAAGUUACUCCAAAACUUAUAAUUCUGCAUUUUAUUGGCAUGUCGUACAAAUUUUUCCGUGAAACUUUUAUAGUGUAGAGAAUUUAUGACCACAGUUGAUGACCGAAUACCCGUUAAUGCUACAAACGGCUGUUCGUGAUAUUUAAACCAUCCUUUUGACAAUUUUCUCCACGUUGAUUUUUCGAAACAAAUGUUAAAUUUGGCAACAUUCGUUUUCUUGAAAAGAAAUUAACUUCGUCAACAGUGUCAAUGGAAAACUCCAAACUGACGCAAAAAGAGUUGAUGGGAGUGUAGUUCGAUUGAAUGAAUGAAUAAUGGACUGAAAUAAUGAAUGAAUUCUUUCCACAUUUUUUAUUUUUCAAAUUUGGUGUAACAUUCUGGGGAAUAACGGGCUUAAAAUUUUCUAUCAUAAACAUACAGUGACAGAGAGGAGAAGCAGGGCACCAUAUUUGAAUUAUCCCUAUAUGCUUAUUAGAGGAGCAUAGUCUUUUUUGCACAGCGUUUUAACUUCAUCGUGCGUUGGAUGCGCAAGUUCCUUUUUCUUUGUUCAUCAAUGCAAAAGCUGCUUGUUUAUAUAUUCAAAAACAUGCUGCUACAGAAAUACAGUAACUUUGCCAUUAUCGAUGAUUGGCCUUUAAACAGCAUAAGUUUUGUAACAAUAGCCAAAAUGAGACAAAUUGAUUGUUUCGAAAUAUGGAUGAGACGCCGUUAAGAUAUUAUCCGAGUAUGUAGCAUUUUCGUUCGAAGUUAUUGUACGAUACAAAGUGUUUACAAUCACAUAGAAGAGAUGAUUCUUUAUUCUACGUUGACAUCUUGAACGAUCUGAUAAAUGUUUGGGAUGUGUUGCUAAAAUGGAUGACAGAAACAUAAAUAAUAAAAGAGAUACUUAUUUUUAUAAAGAUGUAUAAACUAUUCAAAUCUAUUUUAAUGAGAGUACAGCUUCACUCAAUCUGUCGGGGUAGCGCAAAGUAUUAAGUUUACAAAUAGAAGCGCAAAUAUCCAGUUCUGCGAAGAACUUUCAUGUGUUAUAAUGUCCAAAGGAUGAAUCAAUUAUGUCGUGCAGAGUGUGUUAAAAAAUGUCAACCGCCAAAUAUGGACAACAGAUUGAAACUGAACAAAGGACAUUAGAACGUGCUCUUAGCGUAUAUCGUCUGUUGAAAAAAAAAAAUACAGAAAAA